CGCCGCGCGCCCCUCCCCCUCAGGCCUCGCACCCACCUCCCCACCCCUCCCCCGCGUGCGAGUGGCGGCGGCGGCGGCGGCGGCGGCGGCGGCUGCCGAGAUUGGAAUCCGCCCGCCGGGCUCGGCGAAGGAGGCGGGAGGAGGGAAGGGAGGGCAGGAAGGCUCUGGGAUCGUAGGACCGCGAGAGGGGCAACCGGGGCCGGGGCCGCUUGCACGCCGCCGAGGGCGGAGGCCGAAGCGGGGCCCUCGCCGCGCCCACCCGCUCCGCGUCGAGGGCCGGAGGAUGAGUUCCCCGGGGUCCGGAUUUAUGAAAAUAUGCAUCCACUCAAUACUGUCUUGGAAUUCAUGAGAUGGAAGCAUAGGUCAAAGCUGUUUGGAGAAAAUUGGAAGUACAUUUUUAUCUGGGUACAUAUCUGAGGAGGAAACAGUGGGCGUUGGAGGCAUCGUCAAGUGAUUGUGGCCUGCCACUAGAACACCUCCCUGAGAAGGUCACCGAAAGAUCAUUUGUUCAAGGUGACAGAGGACAGGCACCACUGAGGGUGAACAAUGACUCAGCCCUGUAUUUACAUUCGAUUACUGGGAGCCUACCUGUUCAUCCUUUCUCGUGUUCAAGGACAGAAUCUAGACAGUAUGCUCCAUGGCACUGGGGUGAAAUCGGAGUCCGACCAAAAGAAGUCAGAAAAUGGAGCCACCUUGGCCCCAGAGGACACGCUGCCUUUUUUGAAGUGCUAUUGCUCAGGACACUGCCCAGAUGAUGCGAUCAAUAACACAUGCAUAACUAAUGGACAUUGCUUUGCCAUCAUCGAAGAAGAUGACCAGGGAGAAACCACAUUGGCUUCGGGAUGUAUGAAAUAUGAAGGAUCUGACUUUCAGUGCAAGGAUUCACCCAAAGCCCAGCUGCGCAGGACAAUAGAAUGCUGUCGCACCCACCUGUGUAACCAGUAUCUACAGCCAACACUGCCCCCUGCUGUUGUAGGUCCAUUUUUCGAUGGCAGCGUUCGAUGGCUGGUUGUGCUUGUGUCCAUGGCUGUCUGCAUAGUUGCUAUGAUCAUCUUCUUCAGCUGCUUUUGUUACAAACAUUACUGUAAGAGCAUCUCCAGCAGGCGGCGCUAUAACCGUGACUUGGAACAGGAUGAAGCCUUUAUUCCAGUGGGCGAGUCAUUGAAGGACCUGAUUGACCAGUCACAGAGUUCCGGCAGUGGAUCUGGCCUGCCUUUGUUGGUUCAACGAACUAUUGCCAAACAGAUUCAGAUGGUGCGGCAAGUUGGUAAGGGCCGGUACGGAGAGGUGUGGAUGGGUAAAUGGCGUGGAGAGAAAGUAGCAGUCAAGGUGUUUUUCACCACGGAAGAAGCCAGCUGGUUUCGAGAAACAGAAAUCUACCAAACAGUGCUGAUGCGCCAUGAGAACAUCCUCGGUUUCAUAGCAGCGGACAUUAAAGGUACAGGCUCCUGGACUCAGCUCUACCUGAUCACAGACUACCACGAGAAUGGUUCCCUCUACGACUUCCUGAAGUGUGCUACCCUGGACACCAGAGCGCUGCUCAAGUUGGCUUACUCAGCUGCCUGCGGCCUGUGCCACCUGCACACGGAGAUUUAUGGCACCCAAGGGAAGCCUGCCAUCGCCCAUCGUGACCUGAAGAGCAAAAACAUCCUCAUCAAGAAAAAUGGAAGCUGUUGUAUUGCUGACCUGGGCCUCGCUGUCAAAUUCAACAGUGAUACGAAUGAAGUUGACGUCCCCUUGAAUACCAGGGUGGGCACCAAGCGCUACAUGGCCCCCGAGGUGCUGGACGAGAGCCUGAACAAGAACCACUUCCAGCCCUACAUCAUGGCCGACAUCUACAGCUUCGGCCUGAUCAUUUGGGAAAUGGCGCGCCGUUGUGUCACAGGAGGGAUAGUCGAAGAGUACCAGCUGCCAUAUUAUAACAUGGUGCCCAGUGACCCAUCAUAUGAGGAUAUGCGCGAGGUCGUGUGCGUCAAGAGGUUGCGGCCCAUUGUGUCGAACCGGUGGAACAGCGACGAAUGUCUGCGGGCCGUUCUGAAGCUCAUGUCAGAAUGCUGGGCCCACAACCCUGCCUCCAGGCUCACAGCAUUGAGGAUCAAGAAGACGCUUGCCAAGAUGGUCGAGUCACAGGAUGUGAAGAUCUGAGCACUGUGAGCAGUCCGGAGGCCAGGCCUGCACCGCAGGGGACUGCGCCCACCCUGGGAUCGCUGGAGCCGCGUGGGACAAGGCCAUGUCCACACCAUGUCUUCCCAGGCUGCUGCUGUCACGUCCUUCUAGAAUACAAGCAGAGAGCUUGUGGACACUUCCUUCUUUAUAUAUGGACAGCUGUGUUUUCAUUGUGGUAUUUGAUGCCUUUGUUUUUUUUAAUUGGGUUUCUAUGAACAUCAAGACUUCAGUCCUGAUUGACGAGUCUCCUGUGAGACUCUGGUACUGACCUGCCUGUUCACUAGGUGGUGCUUUCCAUGAAAGCCUAAGAAGAGAAUUCAGCCGAGACGGAGAACCACGCUUUGCCUUCUCUUGGAGGACGCUUAGCCUGUCCGGCACACUCACCUCUGGGUAGCAGCCUCGACAUGACAGCCGCUGGGAGACCCUGCUGGGGCUGCGGCAGUGUGUCAUGCCCGCCUUGAUCGCGGAGGGAAUAGGAACUGCCUGGGGAGCUAGAAGAGAGUAACACCCACGUGCACAGGGAGACGUUGGUGACUGGU